AUGGCUCCCGUCCCGGAGGCCUAUUUCCCGUCCCUGGACAAAUGCUUUUCUGGGGACACUCAUCUUUUGUAUGGGUCGUGGAGGAGAGCAUUCAUUCAUUCGAAUGCUACCGAAAUAUCUGCUUUCGACGGAGGCAUCGUUACAGCUUUCUUGUCACAUCCCGAAAGCAUCAAGCUACUAUCCCGCAGUGUGAAAUCAUUCCCCGAACCUUCCUCCCAAUCAAAGACCGAGUUCAGUUCGAAGACGGCGGCGAUCCACUCGGAAACCAAUUCAAGCUCUGCGCCCAACCUUCAGCAAGUCAAAACCGACGCGCAAUGGCUGAGCGAAAAGGCCAAGAUCGACGAAAUGUCAGCUCUGCGCAUCGUUGUUCUCGAAUGGCAAAACCGAUCCUCCUCGCGUCUGACAAGCACAUACUCUGUUGAAGAAGCUGCAAGUUUGGAAAGCGCGACAGGUUCAGAUCACCUGCGGUUGUCAGUGGCUGGGCCUCACCUCACAAACAUCUUGAAGGAAGCUGCCGGGACCGCAGAGUGGAAUACUUUUGAUGAUGAAGCUAGCAGGCGAUCACGUUUGCGAACUUUGUAUCUGUCAGAGAGAAGCCAUCUUCUCAAAACAUCGCGAAGGCUUCUUGCACUUUCACAUCACAGCCACCCCGACCAGUCUUCUCUCGUUGACGCAGGCAAGGAUGGACUGUCGCAGAUCGGUUCCACUCUCUUCGGCGAGAAAUCAACAGGCGAGAGUCUUCAUCAAUUUCUUGUGGACUGCAUUUCAGCGGUUCGAAGCCGUUUGCAAGAAUUAGAUUCAAAUGGCUCCUGGCUGGGGACGGCAGAAAGUGACCAGGAGACAGAGGGUUUGUGGAGAACCACUCUUGUCGAAGAGAUUGUUCAUAUUCUCCAGAUGAUGUUCCAUCAACUUCGCGCCUCAAAAGCCAUUGCAAGUGGGGAUCUGCUUCUUUCAUGGCUUGACCUCAUGCAGGAUUAUGAUUUUUUAGAGAAGCUUGAAGUGCCCUGCGAUGAGCCGGUCGAGCUCCUCCUGCCCCUCCAGAGCUUCGUGUCACUGACCACGUUAGCAUUUCUGGGACUUCCUGAAUCCUUCGAUGCCAUUUUGAAAAGAAAGAGACCGGAGUCGAUCCCUUCUGGUCGCGCUGUCUAUUUUUUAUCUAAAGACACCAUUUCCAAGACGACGGAGGUCUUGGUCAAUGCCUCACUUCAAGUCAAUACGGUACGCCUUGCAGGCUUUGCCUGGGGCUUGUUACUAAACACGAUGAAUGAGAUGGCCACUGAAGAGAAGGAUGCUCGAGAGCUCGAGCAGUGUAAUAGUGCCGUGGAUUCUUUCAACGCCAACCGACGUUACUCUGGCCCUUCUCAGGGGUCAGAGAGUUCCCUUUACGAGCAGCUGCUUGAAAGGGUCCGAACGCCCUACUUCGGUCUCGAUGAAGCAAUCAAGGCUGUUACAUCCAGUAUCGUCACAGACUCAGUGUUUAAUCAGAUUGCCACCUUGUCUGUUAAGGUGGGCUCGAUGUCAGCUGUAGAUGACGAGCUGACAUCUCGGUGCGUCCGGCUGCAGCUUCUUUCUCUAAUUGAAUUCGCGACUUACUACCUCGACUACUCUCCAGAGCUCAUGCAGUCCGUUUUGGCAGCCCUGGGCGGUACACCUGAGGAGCUGCGGCAGACUUCAACGGGAAACCUUGGGCCAGAGCAAGAUCCCAAAACGUUCUUUGUCAAUAGCUCCAUUUUGAUGGAGAGAAUAUUUCACAUUGCUAGGUCAAGGUUCCCUUACGAAACCGUGCCCUUCCUUAGACUCUGUCGUGUCCUAGCCAACGGCGGAGACUCCAAACACGAUGGCUUGACACGGGUCAUGGACGAACUUGAGAAUCUGGAUACUUUCACUCAGCUUGUGCCCAUCUCGUUCCAUGGUUACGAAACUAUUCGCGAGGACGAGAACGCAAACUUCGUAUCGCUUACCCGAUCACUUCCAAUGAUAGAUGGACCUUCGCAGCCUUCCUAUCUUCGCGAUGUGGAUCCGAACAACGCUUUGGUGGUCAGUAGUUCUUCCGAAUUGCCGAUGUCAACGAUUGGCCAAGUCAUAUCAGAGUCGAAGCCGGCAGUUAUCAUGUGGCAGCAUCAAUAUUCGUGCCUAAGCUACCUGGGAAGCUGGCUUGAAGAGUGGGGUGAAAGCGGCGUGAAUUCUCCUGACUGGGAUGCAGAAUCGGGCUCAGAAAUGAUCGGACUUCUUGCAGAUCUGGUUGCAAGUGCGCAAGGAAAUCAUCUGGAAGCAUCGAACGGCGCAACUGCCAGACGGCUCCUAGAGACGGCGAGUGACGGUCUGUCUCGACAGGGUGAUAUUGUUUCAGUGGUGUUGGAUAUCUUCGAACGUCACUUACAAAGCAUUGGAAACCAAGGAAACGCCGCGCAAUCGUUGGAGCUGAUUAUAGUGUGUGUGCGGUUUGUCAAGGAGGUUUUGAAAGUCCUUCCUGGCCGAGUUUGGCCCUUUUUCAGCCGGAGUAGUCUGAUUGGGGCUGAUGGAAAGGGAGGGGUGAUGUCUGGUAUUAUAUCAGCAAUCGAGAUCCCUUCUGGGGAGUACCCGUUCCUCUCAAGCUGUAUCAAUCUGUUUGUGGCAACAAUCGACGACGUCGCGACUCGUGCCGUGCUACGAAAAAGCCCCGGCAGCGAUGCCGCCAAGUCGACUGUCGUUUCGGACUGGAGUGCGAGUAUUCCAUCACACGUCAUGAGGACUAUUAUGCUCAACUUCACGAAAACAAUGGUCGACAUUUACAACAGCAACGCCAAUUGGAGAUUCAAUCUGCCGGAGCAGCGUUUGAGAAUGAAUCAAACGCUAGCCGCCUCUUUUAGCCGCAUGCUUUAUUACACCUUUGGAAUCAGUGAUGACGCGAAAUACGAGAGCAAACUUACGGGCGUCUUUUCCUCAUCAGCAACAUACCUACUCGAUAUUCUCCGCCCUCGAUCAACUGCCGACCUGCCCUUCAACCCCCUCCUUCGCUUGAUCACAGACGGCCUCCAGACCCCGGCUUCUUUGUACCUGCGAUUCCAAACGUUAAUCGAAGGCCAGGUAAGUUCAACCUUGGGCCUUUGCACUAGCCUAAUACAAGCAGCGCGCCUAGCUGGUCAAUCUGCGACAUUAUUGGAAGAGCAACUGUUCAAAGCCACUCCUGUCUUAGUGAAGCUGUACGCAUUGCAUGAUGCUUAUCGACUCCCGGUCGUCGAGCUAUUGGAACAGCUUGUAGCAGGAGCCGCUUCGAAUCUCGAUAAUGAGCCACCGUCGCUUGUCGGUCAUCUUGGUGCCAAGUCAUGUUGUCUCUUCCUCGACGUUCUCUCGCAGUUAGACAAGCCGCUUGCAGACGAUAGGCUGUUGCUUUCAGUCUGGCGUCUACUGGCAACCUUCGUCAGCAAGCGUCAGCAGUGGCUCGCUGUAUUCAUUCUUACUGGCGCAUCGCCUCGGCAGACAUUGAGAAAGGCCAGUAAAGAUGCCGGUCCAGCUAUGCGAGGCACCCCAUUCUUGCAGUUGGCGCUCGAUAAGCUUGCGAACAUUGAUAAAGAGGAUCCACAAGUCGCACUCGCCCUUCUAGAGUUUGUUUCCCGUGCACAGGAGAAUUGGCCAUGGGCCACCCCGCACCUGAAAAAUCAUCCUCGGUUUUUCAAUAGCAUCGUCAGCUAUGUUUCAAAGCUGGACAUUGCGUCUACGGCCGUGAGAGACCAAAUCUACGUCACCAGAAUUGCUGCAGUUGUCGCCGACAUCUGCGCGGUCUAUCUGCAUUCGGCUAAAGAAUCAAGAGAUCGCAGCUUCAUCAAAACACUCAUACCACUUGUGCAGUGGUACUGUAAGGAUGCCGUGGACGUUUCGGCUUACAAUCACUCGUUGCAUGCGAACCUGAAAAAGAACUUCGAAAGUCGAUAUGCUGGGUGUAAAGUCAGUGAUUUCAAGAGGACGACCAUGACAAGUCCCGUUUUGGGAAGUGAAUACUACUACGACCUGGGAAUGGGUCAUAAGUUGCUAGCAUUCGACUUUGCCUGGAAUGGUGGUCGCCGAAACCAGGGAUUCUCUGAGGAGUUCGCACGCGCCAACAUCAAUCUGUCUCUGGUCGAGGCACAAGUUUCUCUUCUGCACAGCUGGAAGUUCUUUGCAAUUGAACAUUGCGCCGACUUUAUGCCUGAUCGUCAGAUUCAGCGAUCUAUGGCGAAGGUGGUGCAGGAUUGUCUUGAAGCCAACACCCGCAAUGCGCCUCCCGAGGCAAUAUUUGAGCGCAUCCAGCAAGCUCGUGUCAGCUUCGCCCAAGCCCUCCUUCAGCGCCUCGUAGAAGUUGAAUCCCACGGGGCGGAAGUUUUUGGUCUUUUAGAGACUGUCUUCAAGACUCUACGAGCCUGUCACCGGACUUAUGAAGAAGCCUUGAUCAGCGAAGAUACUGAGUACUAUCGAUCUCUAUUGAAUGUGCUCUUCCUCAGCCUUCAGUUCCACUUACCCGGCCCCAACCGGGCCAAUCCCGAGGCCCUCAGCAAGCAGACAAGCGUCUCAGGCGACUUGAGUGUGGUUGUUGAAAUUGUGAAGACUGUUGUUGCACAGGGUUUCAAGUCACUCACUACCUAUCUGCACGACCAGCCGGAAAAGUGUGCCCCGAAGGAUUUCGCCAUAAUCAUCGCCAUCCUUCAAAGUUGUCUCCAGGUCAAGAACGCAGACCGCUUAUACGAGCAUAUUGCGUUUCACCUCGCUGGCAAUGAUGUCGCACGCCAUGCUACUACUCUAUUUUCGUGGGCAGAUCAGCUGACAGUGGCGGGCGAUCCCAUUUAUGGAGAACUUAGCAUUUCCAUCCUCGUCAAGAUGUCCACUCUCCCUUUGCUAGCUGAGCAUCUUGCUGCGGAGGGUGCUUUCAUGAAACUUUCAACAUGUCGACUGACCAAUGUUCUGCGACAGCCGAAAGGCUUCGGACCUUUUGAUCCAACGCCUCGACUCUACACUAUUUGGACCAGUGGCAUUCUCCCUCUGUGCUUGAAUCUGCUUCAUAACGUCGUACGGUUUGCGCCGGAGAUUGCUGCCUUCAUCAAUCAAUUUGAAGGCCAGCUGACUCGCGCAUCCGAGUCUUUCUCCACCCCUCACGCAACUAUUGUGUCUCCCGGCCCUGCUGCGCAAUGGAUCAGCCUAAGCAUGACCUCAGAAGCAUACUCGCUUGCGCUGAUUUCAUUCAUUCUCUCUCGUUUCCGUGAAGCCGGUGCCAGCGCUGGCUUGGAUGCACAAGCCAUCCAGGAACUGAAGUGGGACAAGAUGCAAGUGAAGGAAGACAUUGAAGAACUGCUUGGUCGGCGCGCUGCUCUGCGAACCCGCAUCGUUGCGACCACCGAGAAAGAAGUCGAAUGGUCCCGACAAAAGCCCCUGGACACUACUUCCGGUGCAGAGACCCGACUUGAAGAGAAGGUUGUGGCAGGGUUGAAGACGACGUUGGCUUGUUUGGGCGGCGAGGACGAUGCGUAA